CACACAUGCCUGUCAAAAUUCUAACUGUUCUUCUGGCGAAUUAAAUACUUGUGCGCUUCAUUUAUUUUAAGAAUUUAAAGAUAAUUUUUUUGUAAGCAGUUAAUGUAUGGGAAAGACUCACCAUGACUUCGUUUAAUGCGCCAGCUAUUUUGAUGCCACUUGACGAAUAUUACGCACAUUAUGUGCAGCCCAAGCCAAAAAUAACCAAACAUUAUGGAUUCCAUUCUGGUAAACGCCAGCGACAAGCGGCUCAUUUACAAUCCUAUAAGGAUGCCAAUGGAGAGGACGAAGACGAGGCCGAUGAGGACGAAUCACAACAGGUUGAUGAGCUUAAUUCUUCCAUACAGGAUGCGAACAUGAAUCAAAUUAGUUUCGAAACAAAUGACUUUAAUCGGUUAUAUCAAGAUACCGACGAACCAAUGGACCAAACCAACAACACCAAACAAGUCCCAAAUGCGGAUAUGUCCGCAGAUUCAGCUCAGUGGCGCAUACAGCCAAAUAAUGUCAACCGUCCGCCGGGCGCGGCUCCUUUGGUGCCCGCGGACGCGCCACGUAGCCAGCCGCCACGGCAAACUCCUCAACACGGCAAUCGCUGGCAUCAAAAACAAAAUAAUCGACGCCGCUUUAAUCGCGGUAAACCCAACAAUUAUCAUAACAACAACAACAAUAACAAUAAUUUCAAUCGCAAUAAUUGCCAAAAUUCUGUACAUAAUCGUCUAGGCAACAAUCCGGGUCGUAAUACGCAACGUGGCCAGUUGUCCAUGGAGCAGCGUAUGCGGAACGCCUACAAUGCAUUCUUAGGUCCUCCAAACAAUAACAACAACAAUCGCAACAAUAUUAAUACUAACAACAACAACAUAAAACAACAGCAGCAGCAGGUGUUGAUGAACAUGAACAAUCACUUUCAGAAUGGACGCCCGCAGCUGAAUGUGAGCGCCCAACUGAAUCCGUGCGACAAUCAAAAUUCAAAUUAUAACGUGCGCAACAGCGUGAACAAUCAAUUAGAAUCUUAUCAGAAUCAGAGUCAAAGCCACCCCAUUGCUGCCAACUGGCAAUUGGGCUCGAAUUCGUUGACUGCGCUCAUUAAUUCAGCUAAUCAAAUGCGACCUUCGAUGAUGAGUCCAACUGCACAAGCUUCGACGCUGAUUAGACCGACUGCACAAAUUCCAAUUGGUAAUAAAACGGCAAAUCGUUUGGGUCCUCCCAUGCGUAACACCUUAGAUUGGAACAUACCACAAAUGAACGUUGAACAGCCGUCGAAUUUGACGAACGGCCACGCCCCUUUGCAACGUAAUCCAAUUGGGGCAAAUGUUGGCAUUGUUGCCUCGGAUUCACUGCGUCUGGCAGAUCUGAUGAACAUGGACAAGAGCAGCUGCAUGAAUUUGAAUGUGGCCGAGGUGGCCAAGAAUGCCAUGAUGUUGCUGAGCACCGUUUUUCAUAAGCCCAUACUGGAUGAGGACGUGCAGCAGGAGCUGUCACACUUGCAGAAAAACAAUGGGUUGUCCGAGGAACCACAUGGCCUCGACGUGAACAUAAGCCCAGAAACCACGGAGCUGCGAAUGUAUCAUCGCUUUAAGUAGACAAAUGGGCGAGCAAGAAAAGUUUUAUUUGUUUUUUUUUUUUAAGUUUAAAUAUUAACGGAAAAGUAUUCGUUCCAGGAGAAUGAUCAGAAAUCAUGUGAAUGCGCGCAUUGUGAAUGGUGUAUGAUAAGAAGAAGAAGCGCGGUUGGGCUGUGAAUGGCAUUACGCCGACACGAGAGACGCAAUUGACUGAAAGUGUUUGUAUUUUUGUUUUAUUAUUAUUUUUGGGCUGAUAAGAAAAGGCCGUGCCGCUUAUCAGCAAUGCACAACAAGAACUAAGCGGACAACUUGAGAGAGAGGGAGAGAGAGAGAGAGAGAGAGAGAGAGAGAGAUGUUAAAGCGAAAGUAGAAACAAAACAGCGAUAAAUGACGGAAAACGAGGCAAAUAUUCAUACACGAGAGUUGUGUAUGGAAUCGCAAUCAAUCAGUAAAUCUUCUAAAGACAAGGAACGUGGACGUAAAGAAAAAGAAGAAGAGAAAAAAAACUGGUCAAUGGCUGCGGCUAACGUGUAUUUAGUGUGAUAACAAUUGAUGUCAGUUUUAGUUCAACAACUAACCUCCAAUUACGGAAUGUAAAUUGUGCAAAAGAAACAUACUUAAGCAAAACCCUAUUCAAAAAAAAAAAAAAAAACAAAGAAGAAGAACGCAAGAUUAUUGAAGAACCUUUAAGUUUGGUACACACACAUUCAUUUAAAUCAAUUGAUGUAGCACACACGAGUUAAAUAAAGAAUUUCAUAAAUAAA